GAAAUGGAUAGAAAAAAUCCCUUUGAAAAUGAGUACUAUAUGAGAGGCCCUAUUUUUUUGCUGCCAAGGAUAUAAUACUGUUAACUCCUCCUCUUCUCACUUCUUCCCCAAUUUCUUUCAAAUCCCAAUCCUCACUCUUAUCCUUCUCCGCCAUGGCUUCAAUUUCAGCAGCGGCUGCCACCGCCACUUCUUCUCCUAAGCUCCUAAACCCUUCUAAUCCCCUUCUUCCUUCCGCUGCUAAACCAUCUAAGCUUAUCCUAUCCUCUUCAUUUACCCCCAACUUUUCUACCCUUCUCCUCCACUCACCCGCCGCUACUUCUCCCACUACCCACCACCAACGCCGCUUCACUGUCCGUGCUGCCCGUGGCAAAUUCGAGAGGAAGAAACCCCAUGUCAAUAUUGGCACUAUUGGUCAUGUUGACCAUGGAAAGACUACCCUUACUGCUGCUUUAACCAUGGCUCUUGCUUCUAUGGGUAAUUCCGCUCCCAAGAAGUAUGAUGAAAUUGAUGCCGCCCCAGAAGAGCGUGCUCGUGGGAUUACUAUUAAUACGGCUACGGUUGAGUAUGAGACUGAGAACCGACACUAUGCCCACGUGGACUGCCCCGGUCACGCUGAUUAUGUCAAGAACAUGAUUACUGGUGCUGCCCAGAUGGAUGGAGCUAUUCUUGUUGUUUCCGGUGCUGAUGGCCCAAUGCCACAGACCAAAGAACAUAUCUUGCUUGCUAAACAAGUGGGUGUUCCUAAUAUGGUGGUGUUUUUGAACAAACAAGAUCAGGUUGAUGAUGAAGAGCUUCUUGAGCUUGUUGAGUUGGAGGUAAGAGAGCUUUUGUCUAGUUAUGAGUUCCCUGGUGAUGAUAUUCCUAUUGUUUCUGGCUCUGCUCUUUUGGCUUUAGAGGCUUUAAUGGCAAAUCCUAGUAUUAAGAGAGGUGAAAAUGAAUGGGUUGAUAAGAUUUUUACAUUAAUGGACAAUGUUGAUAGUUAUAUUCCUAUUCCGCAAAGACAAACUGAGUUGCCUUUUUUGAUGGCUAUUGAAGAUGUGUUUUCAAUCACUGGUAGAGGUACAGUGGCAACAGGGAGAGUAGAGAGAGGGACUGUUAGGGUUGGAGAGACCGUUGAUAUUGUAGGAUUAAGAGACACCAGGUCUACUACCGUGACCGGGGUUGAAAUGUUUCAGAAGAUUUUGGAUGAAGCAAUGGCUGGUGAUAAUGUGGGAUUGUUGUUGAGAGGUAUUCAGAAGAUUGAUAUUCAGAGAGGAAUGGUGUUGGCGAAACCGGGAACAAUCACUCCUCACACCAAGUUUGAAGCUCUUGUGUAUGUUCUGAAAAAGGAGGAGGGUGGCAGGCAUUCCCCAUUCUUUUCGGGGUAUAGGCCUCAGUUUUACAUGAGGACCACCGAUGUAACUGGGAAGGUUACUUCCAUUACCACUGACAAAGGGGAUGAAUCUAAGAUGGUCAUGCCUGGUGAUCGUGUGAACUUGGUGGUUGAGCUCAUUAUGCCUGUCGCUUGUGAACAAGGGAUGAGAUUUGCCAUCAGGGAAGGAGGAAAGACUGUUGGAGCUGGUGUCAUUCAGAAAAUUCUUGAGUGAUCAACGAGCAGCAGCGCAUUUCCAUUCAAAAUGGUCCGGUCCUUGUCAUGCAAUAUUUUUAAUCCCUUGUCAUAUAUGCAACGUUUUGGUUACUUCUUUUCUUUUAGAUCAUAGGUUAGUUGGAGAAAUCUUGUUAUAAGUCAAUGCUAGUGCACCUUUGCGAGUUUGCUUCAAUUUUUGUUUGUUUGUUUGAAAAGAAGAACAUUUUGUAUCUUGUGUAUGUUUAGUUUCCAUCAGGAAAAAUCAUACUUUUGAUUGAAACUCAA